CUAUCAACUUGAGCCAUGAGUGAAAAGGAGGAGAGUAACGAGGAGAAGGUCACGACCAUCGAGUCUCUAAUGGACAACAUGUUCAUCCGGCUGCGGCUCAUCGCCGUGGACGUGGAGAAGUUGCAAAAGGCCAAAGAGAAGCUGGGGAACAUGCAGCGAAGGAAUACUUUCGUUCGCCUUUUGGGUCAGGAUGACGACGUCAGCAUUAACCGGGGCGGAAGCGAGAUGAUGGUCCUCCGCUCCAAGUAUUCCCUGGUCUCGGGCUUUAACCAAAAAUCUGACACGGGCUCGGAGGAGGAGCUCGACUUCGAGGAGUUAAGCGAGGACCUGUGCAACAUCCCGUUCGAGGAGGACCGAUGGCACGGCUAUUUCAAGGGAUUCCAGAUCCUGACAACCCCACUUGCCCCUGAUCCCAACGAAAACCGCAAGUGUAUCGAACUGUCGGCAAUGAAGAACUGUGAUCAUGAGCUGAAAAGUUAUCUGCUAAACGGAGUGCGCUGCUUCCUGAUCAACCUAUCCGUGGGCACCCAGCACGACAACCAGAGUAUGAUCGUGAAGCUGCGGGAGGCGGAGAUCAGUGUUUCCAAGGAGUUGGGCUUUCCGGUGGUGUCCUCGGUCAUGGUGAAAAUUUCUCCACGGCACCAGUUUACCGGCGGUUUCAGCACUCAGUUCUGCCAGGAUGGCAAGACGUCCGUUGAAUUGGUGCAGGGCCAAAAGAUAAUACUGACUGUAGAUCGAGAGUACUCCGACCGGUGCAGCUCGGAAGUUAUAUAUGUGAAUGCAAGAUUUCUGAUUGUUGAUGUUCAGGAACUGGACUUCAUCCUGAUUGGCGAGGACAUCCAGCUGAUGGUGCGGAGCGUCCAUGCGAACCACCUCAAGUGCUGUGUGGCCAGGGGCGGAGUGCUGUACGCCCACAUGCCCGUCCUGUUUCCGGCCAGGUGCCGUCGUUUCCGGGUCUCGUACGAGGAGCUGGAGGACCUGACCUUCGCCCGAGAGGUUGGCCUGAAUGUGGUGGUGUCGCACAUCGUGGGCACCCCGCAAUACCUGGACGAUUUGGAGCACGCGAUGGCCGUUAUGCACUGCGAUGGCAUGCGGCUGUACGCCAGAGUGGUUCUAAACGAGAUCCAGGGCUGCAAGGGGGAGCUGAACUGGGCCAUCAAGCGCUACGAUGGCUUCCUGGUGGAACUGGCCAAGCCGGCAAUUAUUCCGGACAUCAUGCACCUGUGUCCCGACGCAGAGUGCUUCAUGCAGCUGGCUUACGCCUCGAAAAAACCCAUUGUCUUUGACCCGCGGCUUCUGGACGAGCAGAAGCUCAGGGUGGACCCGGCGCACUACUACUACACGUUCUACUAUCCGGACAAGUACGUGGUGACCUGUCCCCAGCCGAAAGACACCAUCUACUUCCGCUUCUUGCAAGACGCCAUCUUCCAGCAGAUCUGCCCAGUGGCGCUGGCCAGCGCUCCGUACUGCGAUCGUUCCCACACUGGAGCGGAUAGCCUGGCGCGGGCCGUGGUAGCCGCCUCCAUGGAGGUUCGCGCGGUGUCCAUCGUCGUCAUCGGGGUCACCACGCGGAUGGUGCAGAAGAUAGCCCACUUCCGACCGCAGGCACCCAUCCUAUUCGUCAGCCACAUGCGCUCCGCCGAGGACUACGUUUCGAUCUACCACAACGUCACCAUGCUUCCCUUUCGCACCAAAUCCUUCAUUACGCACCGGAGGAACGUCUUUCGGAAGGCCAUCUAUGGGAUGGCCUACUUGGUCAAGCGGAAGAUUGCCAAGCAGAACGAUCCGGUGAUCCUGGUGUACAACAACGAGGAGGGCACGGCGUUCCCCGAAAAGUAUAUCGUUUACAAAGUGGACCAGACAAACUUUGCCCCCCAAAUGGCGGACGUUUUGUUCACCGCGGACCAGGACCAGAAACGGCAGACCCUCAAGGAUAUUGAGACCAUUUAGAUCCCGU